AUGUUUGGUCCUCCAUCGUCGUUGAUCGAGAAUUACUUGCGGGAAACGGGAUUUUGGCACGUGGUCACGAUAGGCCAGGGAUGCAAGUUGAACUCGAAACUAAUCAGUGCGUUGAUAGAGAGGUGGAGACCCGAGACACACACUUUUCAUCUUCUAUGCGGAGAGUGUACUAUCACUCUAGAAGACGUGCAUUUGCAAUUGGGAUUGCCGGUGGAUGGGUACACAGUCACCGGGUCUGCAUCAUCUACUAAUUGGGGAGCCGUAUGCUACGAGCUUUUGAGUGUUACACGGGAUAAUAUUAACGGAGGUCAGAUCGAGAUAGGCUGGUUACGAGACACAUUCCCGGAGUCGAAUAAUGAUUCAACUGAACUCGAAAGAAUAGGAUAUGCUUGGGCAUACAUUCUUGAGAUGAUUGGAGGUUAUCUGAUGCCGGACUUGUCAUGA